GUAUGCCAGGGACUCUGUGUGGAGCGGUCGCCAAGAUCUCGGCGUCCGUCAUCCGGAAGAGCAGCAGUUCGCGCAAACAUGGACACAACAACUCGCUGUCCUGCCCACUGUUGUUGGUCUGUCCAAGCUGCUCCUCAGCCAACGUACCGGCCUCGUGAGCGACAUGUGUCUUCGGGCGUCUCUGACAAGUGUGGCACUUGGAAAAGGACCGAGGAAGGGAAUGAGGUGGAGUGGGCGAGCACACGACCCGAGGGCCCCCACGCUACCAUUCUCGUCUCCAUCGAGGUCCGGGGUAUUUGUGGCUCGCGUGCAUCUGCACCAAGCCCCAAAGGCUACUCCGUACCCCAGAACGUUGUGCUGGUCGAAGAAGUUUGGUGGCUGCCAAUACCCAUUCCGUACUGUGUACGGAUCCGUAUGCGUCCCAAUGCAAUCAAAGGGUCUCGGUAGUCUCAACAUUUCAAGUCUCACCCAAUGCUUGCGGUUGCAACGGAAAGAGACGGUUCACGACUUCCACGUUCGAAACACUCCUGAUAUUGCGCGCAUCGGGUCUCGAAUCCAAACGACACAAACACAGCCGGCUCUCACGCUCAAGCUUGAAUACACGGAGGCGCCGAGACGGCUCACAAGCUUGUCUGACCGUCUUGGCAUCGCGAUCUCCCGGCUGGGCAUUCUGCCUGUCUGUCUCGGUUUGAUCAACGACUGCACUCGAUGUGCUGCGAAAGCCACUCUCGCCGGACCACUCGUGUGACGUCUUUCUAGAAUACCAACAACCUCGUUUGCGGGAGUCUAGCCUAUACUCCGUCCAGCCAGCCGGUGAUCGGCUCGCAGACCGAUGUCGCGGCACCGAAGUCAUCCGUUUCUCGCAGA